GAGAGCGGAGGAGAGGGGAAGAGAGAGGGGAAAGCGCCGAUGGAAAAGUGUCCAGGGCUCGGUUAACGAGAGAAUAGGAUACCGGCCCGUUGCAGCUUGUCCUGAUGAAGGAUUCACCGAAAGGGGCACUUUGAGAUAUGAUGAGGUUUAUUUCUGGUCGGCGAUAGUACUAUGAUUUGGUAUGUGGCCACUUUGAUAGCAAGUGUAUUCAGCACCCGAGGAACGGCCGCUCAAGGUGCCCACGGAGUGCGAGAGGAGCCUCAGUUUGUGACAUCUCGAGCAGGAGAGAACGUCAUCCUGGGAUGCGACGUGUCCCACCCCCUGAACGGCCAGCCCUACGUGGUGGAGUGGUUCAAGUAUGGAAUGCCCAUCCCCUUCUUCAUCAACUUUCGCUUCUACCCUCCUCAUGUGGACCCGGAGUACGCAGGCCGGGCCAGUCUGCACGGCAAGUCCUCCCUGCGGAUAGACAACGUGCGCUCAGACGACCAGGGCUGGUACGAGUGUAAGGUGCUGAUGCUGGAGCAGCAGUAUGACACCUUCCACAAUGGCAGCUGGGUGCAUCUAACCGUCAACGCUCCCCCCACGUUCUCAGAUACACCACCUCAGUACGUCGAGGCCAAGGAGGGGGGAAGCAUCACUUUGACCUGCACAGCCUACGGAAACCCCAAACCCUCGGUCAGCUGGCUGCGUGAAGGCAGCCUCAUGGUCAGCAGUGCCAAGUAUAAGGUGUCUGAUGGGAGUCUGACGGUGCUAUCCAUCACAAGGGAGGAUCGGGGGGCCUACAUGUGUCGAGCCUUCAGCCCACAGGGAGAGGCUAUUCACACCACACGGCUCCUAGUACAAGGCCCUCCGUUCAUCGUUUCACCACCAGAGAACAUCACAGUGAACAUUUCGCAGGACGCCUUCUUCACCUGCCAGGCGGAGGCCUACCCUCGAAACCUGACCUACACCUGGUUCUGGGAGGAGGACAACGUCUUCUUCAAGAACGACCUGAAGCGCAGAGUCAGUAUUCUUAUUGAUGGCUCCCUCAUCAUCGCCCAAGUCAAGCCAGAGGAUGCUGGGAAAUACACCUGUGCUCCGAGCAACAGCCUGGGCCGACCACCGACUGCCUCUGCCUACCUAACAGUGCAAUAUCCUGCCCGUGUGGUAAACAUGCCAUCCGUCAUCUACGUGGCCAUCGGUCUGCCCGGCUUCAUCCGCUGUCCUGUAGAUGCAAAUCCCCCACUCACUCUGGUGAAGUGGAAGAAAGAUGGCCUCCCUCUCCGGAUAGACAAGUACCCUGGUUGGAGCCAAAUGGAGGAUGGGAGCAUCCGUGUGGCAGAGGUGACGGAGGACUCUCUCGGCACCUAUACCUGCAUGCCUUACAACGCCCUGGGUUCAAUGGGAUGGUCCCCUCCUGCUCCCCUGGUGCUAAAGGACCCUCCCAAAUUCUCAGUGGUUCCUGGAGGGGAGUACAGACAGGAGGCUGGGAGAGAGCUGGUCAUCCCCUGUGAGGCGGAGGGAGACCCCUUCCCCAACAUCACAUGGAGGAAGGUAGGGAAGCCAAGUAAAAGCAAGCACAAUGUUCUGCCUCGAGGCAGCUUACAGUUCAAGUCACUCACAAAGGAGGACCACGGGGAGUGGGAGUGUGUCGCCACCAACGUUGCCACGAGCAUCACUGCCAGCACGCACGUCCAAGUCAUAGGCACAAGCCCCCACGCCCCCACCAGCGUCCAUGUGGUGGCGUCCUCUACCUGGGCCAAUGUGUCCUGGGAGGCGGGCUAUGACGGAGGCUUCCAGCAGACAUUCUCAGUCUGGUACGGCCAUGUGCUGAAGAGGGAGCGUUUAGGUCCACAUGACUGGCUCUCCGUACCAGUGCCUGGAGGCCACGACUGGAUGGCGGUGCCUGGCUUGGAGCCAGAGACAACGUACCAGUUCAGCGUCCUGGCCGCAAACAAGCUUGGCACAGGCCCCUUCAGCGAGGUUGUCACUGUGAACACUCUAGUAUUUCCUAUAAGUACCCCUGAACCAUUGGUGCUGCUUACCCCACCACGGUGCCUCACAGCCAAUCGCACGCAGCAGGGAGUCCUGCUCACCUGGAUCCCACCUGCCAAUCACACAGCACCUAUCCAGCAUUAUGUCAUGGAGUUCCGCCUAGGGGAGCGAUGGGAGGUCUUGGACGAUGGCAUUCCUGCCGGGGAGACGGAGCUGCUCGCCCGGGACCUGCUCCAGGAGGCGUGGUACGAGUUCCGUGUCAUGGCAAUCAUGGACGACACAAUCAGCGAAGCCAGUAAUGUAGUCGGAGUAUCCAGCACAGACUUCUUCCCUCCUCCAGAGAUGGUGGAGGAACGUGGACUGGCGCGUCCCGUGGUGGCCGGCAUCGUGGCCACCAUCUGCUUCCUGGCAGCAGCCGUUCUGUUCAGCACGAUGGCCGCCUGCUUCGUCAACAAGCAGCGCCGACGGAAACUGAAGAGGAAACGAGAUCCUCCCCUCUCCAUAACCCACUGCAGAAAAAGCGUGGAAACUCCGAGUCCAAUUAGCCUCAUUCCCAAUGUCGAGCCCUACUGGGAGGGGCUGGACGAAAGCAGGUACACAUCCCAACCUUCCAGUCCUCAGUCAUCUUCAGGAAAGGUGAGCCCGGAGAGCAUUCGAUCGAAGGCAUCCCCAUCAGACACUUCUGAAGAUAGUCAUGACCAGCGUGGAAAGAAACCACCCCCAAGUCCAGGGAAGAAGGAGGAAAUGUCUUUAUACAUGAAGACAAAAAGAGCAAUAACAAGCAAGAAGUAUGGUAUCUCUAAACAUGAAGCUGAAGCAACAACACCCAUUGAACUCAUUAGCCGAGGCCCAGACGGACGGUUUGUCAUAGAUCCCGCUGAUGUAGAAAUGUCUGUUAAGCCCAGGCGAAUUGAAGGCUUCCCUUUCGUGGAAGAGUCAGACCUCUACCCUGAAUUCCGGCAGUCAGACGAAGAGAACGAUGACCCCAGGCCCCUGCCUCCAGUUAUGCCCCCCCUUCGGCCUCACCAGAUAUCCCCCAUCUCCAGUCAGGAAUCUUACAUGCAACCUCCAGCCUACAGCCCUCGGUUCCAGAGGCCCUUCGAAGGUAUGACCAUCAUGGAGAGCAGUCGGCUCCAAGCCACAGGGCAGAUCCGAGGCUCUCUCCACCACAGGGCUUUCUAUGGAUAUCUAGGCCACCCUGGGGAUCAUGAUCCUCCACCUCCUUUUUACAUGCCUGAUACCAGCCCUCUUAGUUCUGUCAUGUCCUCCCCUCCAUACCUUGCUGAAGGUCCUUUUGGUCACCCAAUGAUUCCCGAAGAAAUGGGGGAGGGUGAAUUCCCACAUUAUGCUGUCUCUGGUUUCCCACUUCCUCUGACUCUCACCUCUUCCUCUCGUUCACCGGAGAUUUGGCAGGGACUGGAUUUUACCUUUGCAAGUCUGGAGGGGCCCCAAUUCAUUUUUCCACCACAUCGCCCUCUACAUCUCCGCCACGAGUCUCCUUAUCCUCCUCCACCUCAUGUUCUUCCCCUCAGUGCUUUUCAACCCUCAAACCUUCCAAUGCCUACGUACCCAGCUGCCCUACCACUGGAGGCCCCAAAGAGCCACUCAAGCAAAUCCCCCAGCAAGGCCAAGCCUCGUGGCUCCCCAGCCAAGCAUUUUACUAUGCAAGAGGCACAUUUAGGGCAGCUAAGACACACAAGCCACGGUAUGGGUGUGCCGGUUUUGCCUUACACCGAUCCAAUGGCCCACAUUGUCCCUAGCACAUUCAGUAGCCUGGACACCCGAUGGUUUGAAACUGGCCCUCGUUUCAGUCCUAGGCAGGCUCGUAGGAUGGAUACAAGCUUGCAUCAGGUGGUUCUCCAGCCCUCUCGACUCUCACCCCUUACCCAAAGCCCACUUAGUUCUCAUGAGGGUUCCCCAGAGAUUGUAGUGCGUCCCAGGCCACGUCCAAGUAUUGUCCAUCCUCCCAUACCCCCAGCGAUGUCUGAGAUUACCCUCCUCCCUCCUUCCACAGCCAGCUUCUCAAGGAGAUCUUCCCCCUCCUCCUCACCUGCUCAAGGCCAGGGUAGCAGGAGGGCCAGUCCCAGCUACCGAUCCCACAUGGCCUUUGCCACCUCUGCAACCAGCUACCCAGCUUCCCUGUCCCCAUCACCCCCCAUGGAAAGCAGCAACAUGUUUGGGCAGAUGCCAUCUCAGAGGAGGACUGAGGAGGGGACCCUUCCAUCAGAGCCCUCUCCACCCCAGUUGUCAGCUUCAGGAAAACGUCGAGGUGCGCCGAUUGCCCUUUCGGGGUCUGAGAGGAUUGAUGCACUGAGAUACCAACGUAUUAAAAAGGCCAAGAAGAUGAUGAUGAACAACAAUAACUCCAAGACCAGAAAGAAAGCAGGUGUCUCCACCUCUCAGACCCAGCAGGCCUACACCUCUCAGGUACUCCAGCCCGAAGAAGCUCUCUACCUCCGCAAGAAGAAGAAACGGCCCAUCCUCCACGACCCAUACACUCGCUUCUCUGCUCUGCUGUAUCGACGCCCACCCCGCGAGGACCAGAAGGCUAUUUUGGCCAGCAUGGACAACAUAGACCUGGACCAUGCCACUCUCCUUUAAAAAACCCUAGAGGACAAGGUCACCACCAUACAACACAAACCCCAUAUGAAAAAAAAAAAAAACGGCACUAGCUACACUCCAGAUUUUAAAACAAACACUUUAAAUGAUUCUGAACUAUUGAUUAAAGGGAGUAGCGCUGUAUUUGAGCAUUCAGAAUUGGUUUACUGGUCAGUUCAAUCUGCACGAGAAAGCAUUCUGCCAUGACAUCAACCUAAUCUGUGAAAACAAGAAUCAGAAACCAGAUCAAGAACCCACCAGACUGAUCUACAGUCACCAAACUUAAGAAAAAGUGCAGACAGAAUUUUGUCCCAAUAUAAGUCAAUGAAAAAGAAGAAUUGGUGAUCAACAUGGCAUAACAAAUUAACAUCUGAGGCGUGCUCUUACACAAAGAUUAGCUUGUUUUUUUACAGAUAGUAACUGGGAAGCCUGUACGCACAACAUCAAUCUGUGUGCUUAAAUCAGGUCGCGUUCCCUUUAAAAAUGUAUAAAGGCAAGUUUUAGGAGUUCAAAUAAAACUUUUAGCUGCCACAGUUUUCCAAAGUUUUACUCCAGUGCAAAAAAAAAAAAAGUGAAAUCAAAAAGAGGCAAUACGUGAUUACCAGCGUCCCUGAUUUCCUUUUCUUGAUUAAAAACAAACAAGUUGUCCAACUCCGGUUUUACUCCAUUGAUUUGAUUCAAAAGGCUCCUCCAGGCUUGGGUCACGUUUCUUGUGCUGAGCCCACCCCACCUGAUCCCCCCCCUCCCUCCACCCAACACCACCACUACCUUCCAAAAAAAAACAAAAAAAAACGCCCCCCUCGGGUCUCCGUUUACAGCACCUUCCACGGGAUCCUCUCCGCCAGCAACGUCUAUUAUCUGCCGACCGAGAAACUCACCUCAUGGGUGUUCUCACUUCUUACCAAGUAUACCUCAGAGCACAGGACACGAGAUCUCACCACCACCAGGAUCAGCCAGCAGAUCAAACUAGCCUUUUGUCACCUCUCUCUUUAUCAGCUCGCUUCUCUAAUACGACCUUCUUCUUAAAUCCCAUUUCUGAGCUUAGUAAGAUGAUUUUUUAUUGGAGCGUGAAAAUUCUUUCAAACUCAUUUUGAAAUUCACCUUUACUCAUCUUAUCUGCUCCGUCAUUUCAGAUCGGGACGUUGACUUGUUGUCUAAAGAACGAGUGCAAACAGAAACACAACCCUGAACUCCUCAUCUCGGCCUGUAGGAACUCAUUUUGAACUUUCACUACACGUCAUGUCUUUACAAUCAGAUGUCGUGCAGUUCAUUUUGUUCACCUAUAAUAAACUAUGAGUGUUGUUUUCACUCAUUCAUACAAGUGCUCCAAUUACCUUCAGCUCUUCAUAUCUCAUUACAGUUUGCACUGGAGCAAAAUCUUGUCCAUUUCAUCAGACGUGUGUGUCUGUUCUUCUACUUUAGGUAGUGUAGAGGGUUCCUAAUCCCAACAGAGAGAACUAUAGUUAUGCCAAAAACAAUUCAAAACAACAACCAUACGUAGUGGAGGAUAAGAUUUUGUGCCAUAGUAAAUGAUAGUAUUUUUUCAUACUUACUAGAGGGCAUAACAAAAUAAAAUAAUAAUAAUGGCUUUGUUUGGCCUUAAUGGA